CCGCCUGCUUUUUUUUGUGUGUGUGUGUCAGAUACUUGGUUCCUUUUCCUAUUCAUGCCUUGGGAGCAAAGGACCCAAACAGAUUCUUGGGGGAGGAGCAUAUGGAGGUGGGUCUGGCCAAACGGAUGUUCCCUGAAGAAGCUGGAGUGCAAUAGGGUGAGCGAAGAUCCUUCAAAACCCUGGUUUGUCUGUAAUGUUCCCCCCGCUGCCCCAAAGCAGCUGUUCAGCGUAAAAUAACCACCUGCUGCAAGCAUUUGUCGGGAUAGGACAGGAACGAGGGAAGUGAGAGCUAAACUAAGUGGAUGAUGCACACACAGCCAGAGAAGAGCAGGUGGUCUUCAGCCUGCAGCAACAAUUUGCUUGGUCUCCUCCUCUCUCCCUUUCUUGUUCUGCUCUCCCCACCAAUAUUUGUCUUUCAUGCAUUUUCCUCCCCUCUCUUUCUUCCUUGCUCUCGUUUGUACCAGGACUCAAGGCAGAUCCCCGGGUGGCCGCAGCGGCACCUCCUCUCCCCGCACGACCCCCAGCAACUCUCCGUCCUUGAGAAAACGCCUCCUGCAGCUGCCUGCCCGGCCUGCUCCGGAGCCACCCUUGGAGACCAUGGUGGAAAAGGGCACCGAUAACCCUGCUGAGCGGGCCCCUCCACAGGGGCCCCCUCCGGGCAACCCUCUCAACUACCCACUCAGUGGGCGCAGCUUUAUCCGCAAUAACAAGAAAAUGCAGAGCUGGUACAGUAUGCUGAGUCCCACCUAUAAGCAACGCAAUGAAGACUUCCGCAGGAUCUUCAAAGGGCUGCCUGAAGCUGAGCGGCUUCUUGUAGAUUACUCCUGUGCGUUGCAGCGUGACAUCUUACUUCAAGGACGGCUUUAUCUAUCGGAGAACUGGAUCUGCUUCUACAGCAACAUCUUCCGAUGGGAGACCACGAUUUCCAUCCAGCUCAAGGAGGUUAUAUGCAUUAAGAAGGAAAAGACGGCCAAGCUGAUUCCCAACGCAAUUCAAAUUUGCACCGAGACCGAGAAGCAUUUCUUCACGUCCUUUGGUGCCCGCGACCGAUGCUUCAUGCUAAUCUUUCGCCUUUGGCAGAAUGCGCUCCUGGAUAAGACAUUGCCCCCACGAGAACUCUGGCACAUUGUCCAUCAAUGCUACGGUUCUGAACUUGGCUUGACCAGUGAAGAUGACGAUUAUGUUUCUCCCAUCGAUGAUCUCAAUGGCUUGGGAAGCCACAAAGAAAUUGGAGAUGAUAUCGACCUGACUGAGCUGACUUCCCGCUGCAGCGCUGACCUCAAGCUGGACACCAGUCCCUUGCUGGACAAAAGGGACACCAGUCAGAGCAUCAACUCGCUGGCCAGCAGCAGUGAUGGGACCACAUCGCUGGCAGAGGAUCCGGAGGACAACACUGACAGCCAAAUGGAUGCUUCAUCCAGCCACACAGUGACCUCAGCCACGGAACCCCCCGCAGAUGAUUUGCUGCAGGGGUCUCCUGUGUCCCCCCCGGAGGGGGACCCGCCUCCCAGCGAGGAACUCCCCACUGACAUGAGUAAUUCCUCCUCUUCCACACAAGAUGAAGGUGAGGAUGGCCCCCAUCCUUCCUGGACUCUUCCAGAUCUUGGAUUAGAAGUCCUAAUCCAACCAUCUCUUUUUCCUCCUCCUCCAGCCGAAGUGGAAGCCUUCUUCACCGACUUGCCAGGGCGGCUCCUGAUUAAUGCCGUGUAUCACGUUGGCGCUGAGCGGCUGCAGCAAAUGCUCUUCAGCGACUCCCAGUUCAUACAUGACUUUUUGGACCAACGCAAGUUCACAGAUGUUACACUGACUUCAUGGAGUGGAGACAGCAAGUGUCAUCAAAGCCGUGUCAUCACCUACACCAUCCCCAUCAGUAACCCUUUGGGCCCCAAGGCUGCACCUGUGGUAGAGACCCAGACUCUGUUCCGUGCCAGUUCCAAGAAUGGAGGCUGUGUGGUUGACUCAGAAGUGGUCACCCAAGGCAUCCCUUACCAGGAUUACUUCUACACUGUGCAUCGAUAUUGCAUCACCACCAUAGCCAAAAGCAAGGCCAGGCUCAGAGUCUCCUCUGAAAUCCGGUAUCGGAAGCAGCCGUGGACCCUUGUGAAGACAUUCAUUGAAAAAAAUGCGUGGAGUGGUGUUGAAGAAUACUUCCAGCGCUUGGAGCUGGCACUGGUGCAAGCAGAAAAGGCUCUGCUAGAGGAGAGCUGCCAUGGCAAAGAACCCCGGGGUCUCUUGUCUGGAUUGCGUCGCAGGAAACGUACCCUGAGCUGGAGAGCUCCCCAUGUUGAACCCCCAAUGCCCACGCUACCCGACGGUGAAGGGGCGUCACGUACCAUUCGCCCCUCAGGCAGCCUGACCUCACGUCUUUCAGAACAACUACUGGAGCCAGGACAGGGACAGACCGUCUCCACCGUGAUCCUCGUCAUCAGUCUGGUUCUCUUAGUUCUCGUCAUCCUCAACAUGAUGCUCUUCUACCGGCUGUGGUCUCUGGAACACACAGCCCGAACUGUGGAGUCAUGGCAGACGUAUGCGCUCUCCAAUGGAAAACUUCCACAGACAGCCUCCGAAUGGGCAGAGAUUCUGGAGCUGCAGAAACAGUUCCACAGUGUGGAGGUGCAAAAGUGGAAACAGAUCCUGAAGGCAUCAGUGGAGCUGCUGGAUGAGAUGAAACUCUCCCUUGAGAAGCUGCAGCAGGGCAUCAUGGUGGCAGAGCCCCCGUUGGAGCCAGAGUGAAGCCACAGUAUCUUCUCUCUUGAGGAGGUUGCUGAGUUAUUGGAGGGAAGAUGCCCGAGACCCAUCUCAGAAACUGUUGAACCAGUGGUGCGGGGAUCCUGUGGGUGGUGGUGGGAGGAAAUAGCACUGUGCUCCUUGCCAGAUCCACCACCUGGACAUUAUCCUCAAGAGGGCCACUGGUAGCGAUGGAUCCCUUGGUGGAACCUGUUUUGCGGGGAACAUCACUUUCCAAUCAUUCCUCCUGGGGUAGUCCCUGCAGGGACUUCUCUUUAUCCCCUUCCCACUUCAGUGCUAUUUAUAGUCCACCCAGGACCCCCAGGAGUCCUUAUUUCCUGUAUCCUGGCACCAGUUCUUUUUUACAGCUAUUGUUUGGGGAGGAGGGAGGCUGGGAUCAAUUUUGGGAGGGGGGGUGGCCUCUGGAGCUGGGAUCUGCCUUUUGCCCGGAGACUUCACUCAGCAGUUACCUUAUGGAGGACAGCAACAAACCUAGAUUUGCAGUUCUCUCUCUCUCUCUCUUAUAUGCACAAGCUAUCAUGGACAGUGGGGAGAAAGCAAUGCAGAAGCUCCAGUUGGUUCAUGCCUUCUUUGGCUGUCAUUCCUCCUGCUCCUCUGCCCUGUCCUUCCUACCAUUUGGUGGCUCUGUUUGUUAACGUUCUUAAAAGGGAUCUUCUCAACACAUUACCUCUGAUAGGGUCAAGGCUCUUCAGGACCUCAUUUUCACACACUGAAAAGCAGAGAGCUGGACUACAGCCUUUUCUUGCUGGUUGCACAUGUUAACACAGAGAAUUUUCUGAACAAGGGGUCAACCUUGUUGAGUGUCCCUGUAACCUUGAAAAGUACAUACACCAGCAGUUCUAUAUACACAUAAUCUUGCUAGGUUGGAGUCCAGUCCAACCCUCCUUUUCACAGAAUGGUAUCUGACUUAUCAGCCAAGCUCUGCUCCUCUUUGACUGUGUUUACAGAACACUAAAUUCAAAAGUCUGAUGGAAGAACGCACCUGUUUUCCCACUGUGCAUAGCCAGGGUCGUAAGCUUAAUGCAGGGUUUCUCAACCUUGACAACUUUUAAGAUGCCUGGACUUCAACUCCAGAUAUCAAUUACGGACAGUUGGACAAUUCUGGGAGUUGAAGUCCAGACAUCUUAAUGUUGCUAAGGUUGAGAAACACUGGUUUAGUGUGUUAUCUGAACUGGAAAUAGUCACCAUUUGCGGUUUACUGAAAAUGGACUUUGUAGCCAAGGCAUGUUGCAGGUUUAAAUAUUCCAUAACCCCAAAUGGCACGUCUUUUUUGAUUUUGGAAAACGUGCUGAGGCUCUGGUUAACAAGCAGUGUAUAGCUCUUGAGAGUGGGGUAAAGUGCUAGUGUUCAUCCUUGAUAACCAGGCGUUUGGGUUUAGUGUGCCAUGCAAACAGAUAAUUUAGUACAAAAUGCUCCAAAUGGUGCUUUUUAGGGAAUGUUGUAUCUGGGCGCAGUCACGAAUGGCAGUUCCAUCUGGGUUUUAUUUUUUUUUAACCCUGUACAGCAUGCUACAUGUGCCACACAAGAGACUCUUACGUCUGCCUCUGCCUCCUGUACAGCUGGGCCUUUGCCUUCCCACAAGGAAACUGUAUUGUCACUGUAAAGUGAAGUUUCACUGCCAAUCUGGGCCUCUAAGCCCUUCAAAUAUACUGGUGGGGAGGGGGCACUGAAAUCUGCCCCCUCCUGGAGAGGGGGUUGUGUGUCUGUCAACUCUGUGUUCUCUUUCCCCAAAAACUUGGGAGGCCCAGGUUUCAGACCCUCUCCCUUUUUUUCCCUUCCCCCAUUAAAAUUGGGGGACGGGGGGGGUGGUCUCUUUCCUUCAGUUUUGUAGAUCUGUUCAGUAUUAAUAAUCCAGUGUGUUUGCAGUUCCAGAAAAACACCAGGGCUUAUUUAUUAGGGAGUGAAAUAAAGACCGUGGAUCGGA